AUGAUUCGUCUCUCACGGGUUCGUCUCUCAGAUGAGAGACGAAUCGGGUUCGUCUCUGCUGAGAGACGAACCCAGUUCGUCCCUCAGCCGCUGCUGAUGGGUUUGGGCGGUGUUCCGACGUUAAUGAUGGGUUUGGACGGUGGAUUAUGGAUUUUGGGUGGUGUUCGGUGGAGGUGGAGGAAGAGGGAUAGUGGUGGUGGAGAAUAUCAUUCUCCAAUUAAGAUGCCACAUCUGAAUAGGGGUGUUUUGGAACCGGUUUUGCCAAGUUCAAGUGUGGGUGACAACUAUGAUGAUGAUCCGAUUAAGCCGGGUCGGGGCUUGAGACAGGGAGACCCUUUAUCUCCAUACUUGUUUAUUAUUUGCGCUGAGGGUUUGAGCUGUCUUCUUAACAGAGAGGAAAGUGGGAACCGAAUACAUGGAGCCACAGUGUGUAGAGGUGCUCCUUCGGUUAUUCAUCUUCUUUUUGCGGAUGAUUGUUAUCUAUUUUUCCGUGCUUCUAUUGAGGAAACAGAGGUUAUUAUGCGUGUUCUUGAGGAGUAUGAAAGUAUGUCGGGGCAAAAAAUAAACUUCCAAAAGACAAAUAUUAUGUUUAGUGUUAACAGCCCGGAUAAGCUAAGGGAGGAUAUUUGCAGAUUACUCGGCGUGGAUGAAGUUGCGGAUCAGGGGAAGUAUCUCGGUUUGCCGUCGCUUGUAGGCAGGAACAAGAGGCAGAUACUAAACUUCAUUCGUGAUAGAGUGUGGCACAAGAUUAAGGGCUGGAGUGCGAAGACUCUUUCUAGAGGGGGUAAGGAGAUUCUUCUAAAGACAGUGGCUCAGGCAAUGCCAAAUUUUGUUAUGAACGUGUUCUUAAUUCCUUUAGACUUGUGUGACGAGCUAGAAAGGAUGAUGAAUUCCUAUUGGUGGGGGAGGAAUAGGGAGGAGAAGAAAGGCAUAUGUUGGGCUAGAUGGGAUAGACUUUGCAAACCAAAGAAAUUUGGAGGUAUUGGGUUUCGGAAAAUUCAUGAGUUCAAUAUUGCUAUGUUAUCGAGGCAAGCAUGGAGGCUACAUACAAACAGCGAUUCUCUAAUGAGUAGGGUUUUUAAGGCGAAGUACUUUCCGAAGAGUUCAUUCUUGAGCGCCACGUUGAGAUCGAACCCUAGCUUUGUGUGGAGAAGUAUUUUCGCUACUCAAGAGGUUAUGAGGAAAGGGAUUCGCUUGCGUAUUGGUAAUGGCGAAACUGCGGACAUUUGGCGGGAUCCAUGGCUAACAGAUUUAGAGUCGGGUUUUGUUAAAACUGAUGAAAGACGGGACUUAGCUGGUAGUAAAGUCUGGCAACUCUUCAAAGAAGGAACGAAAGAAUGGGAUUUGGAUAUCAUUAGGGAGUUGUUCUCCGAGGAAGAUCAGAUGCGCAUUCUGUCAGUCCCUGUUAGUAUUCGCAACAUAGAAGAUAGCUGGUGUUUGAGUGGGGAAAAGAGUGGGGAAGAGAAUCAGAGGUCAGCUUUCUGUUGGAAUAAAUUAUGGAACCUGAAUAUUCCGUUACACAUUAGGAAUUUCCUUUGGCGUCUAGUAUCGGGUUUCCUUCCGUCGGUUGAAGCUCUGGCUCGCAAACGGGUUUUUAUAAAUGCCCAAUGUCAAGUGUGUGGUAGUGUUGAUGAGACUGUUGAGCACAUUUUCUUUGGUUGUGAAGUUGCGGUAUCUUGCUGGAAUGUUUCAAAUCUGAAAUUUAAUUUAACUGCAGUUUCAGAUGUGUUAGAAUGGUGCAGGUCUUGGUUAGAGAAGUUGAAAAAAGAAGAGAGCGAACUAGCAGCCAUGAUUUGUUGGCAGCUGUGGAUGAAUCGGAAUAGUGCUGUUUGGGAGAAUAAAAGAAGAGAUGCAACGACUCUGCUGAACUCAGCUAGCCAGCAGCUGCUGGCUUGGAAGAAUGCUCGAAGGCAAAACCUGGUUGAGGGAGAAGGGAAGAUAGAAGAGGAUGAUGGCAGAGUAGUUUGGAAGCCUCCUAAUGCAGGUCUUUUUGAUGCAAGAUCUGCUGAGUUGAUUGGUAUUAGAGAGGUCCUUAGUUGGCUGAAGGGAUGGAGGAAUCUUAUUGUCGAGUCAGAUGCCUUGGAAGUUAUCCAAGAUAUUAGAAAUCCCAUUCAGGCUAAAGGUGAUUUUUUGGCUGCGCACUUGUUAGCGCGUAACACCCGUUCCCUGUCAGGUCAUCGGGAUUGGUUUUCGAACUUUCCUGAGUAUCUUACUCCUGAAUAUCUUCUUGUUGAUUACCAAGUACUUGAUGGUCCUUCAUUUUUGGCUAUUAAUGAUCCGUGA